UGGUCAAGACCGGUGUGUAUAGUAGACUCGACAGGUUUGAUCAUGAAAUGCAAGAAGACUUUUUUGAACUACAUACGAAAAAUUAUAUUGACUGGUACGAGGCCAAGUUAAUACCGUUUGUGUACUCGAAGAAGGUUGACAAAGAGUUUUAAACGGGCAAUACUGUUGAAGGCGAACAUGUUGAGUAGAACACCGAAAACGCGGUUCAAUAUCGAUAAGACGACAUUGAAACUGUUAUUCGUGUUGGGCCACAAUUACCUAUCGUACGCGUUGGGACCCGCCCUGGUGCGCGAAGGUCCAGCGUUGGCGCCGGUACAGUGGUCGAAUUUGUUUUUACACGAAUUGAAUCGUUUCGAGCAGUUUUUCGUGUUGGAGAACACAUCUAUCACUUCGAAUGCUAAAAAACGUUUACCUUGGCUCACGGACGGUGUUGAAGACGACGACUUUUGUCUGCACGACGUCAGCGUCUUCGAUUAUUUCGACCGGAUGCCCGUCGACGAUCUUGAAACAUCGGACACGGAAAACGUAACGAGCCCAUGGUGUAACGUUAGUGAUAGUGACGACGACGACGACGACGACGUGCGCGAAGUACGAAAAGAGUUGAAAGGGCUCUUGCGUGAUCAACACCACAGAUGGAAGACAACGGACGAGUCCGUGUCUCGGGCAAUGAAGCGUCGUGUAAAACGCCAUGAUGAUAACUCGGAAAGUUUUAGACCAAACGAGACGUUGGACUUUAUACGAGACGCACCCGAAUCAUCGACAUCAGACACAGACACGGUCUCCGGGACGGCAACGAUCACCGUUGACGACUACAAACAUCCUAACUAUAAUCGUCCCGGCAACAACAACGACGACGCUAACGUCAAAACAGUCGUGAUCGUACCCAGUAGAAAGCGAAAACAAGACGAAUUCGAGCCGUUUACUUUAAAACACGACGAGACUGACAUACUUAUAGACGGGGUACGUACGUUCGGUGUCUUGAGCAACGGACAUUUACAGAAAAAAUCACGUUGCGGAGUGUAUUGUGCACUGUGCGCCAAAAACAAUUACAAAACUCGAAACAUAGUCGUAGACCAAAACAUGGCCGUAUCUUGUUGUUUUACGUGCAUAAAAUCGUUGUACUAUCGUAUUCGGGACAAGGUCAAUACGUUCGAAACGAUAAGGGAUAUAAUAAAGAUAAAAGUAAACGAUAGGUACAAACAGCCGUUGUUGUUCGAUUCCAACAAUGAAUUUUUGGACCCACUUUUCCCCGAAAUGCAAACUUUGUCAGACCUGUACCCGAACACGUUUAAUAAACUCUCACCAGAUUUCGGUAAAAAAUUACAAGCCCGUAAGUUUUUCGACGAAUUGUGCCGGAGAAACGCAUGGAAUUCCGGCUUCGGUGCAUUGGCUAAACAACGUAAGCGACAAAAACCAAAAGACAAACCCGUCGAAAAACCGACUGACUGUUAAAUGAUGAAAAUAAAACUACGGUAUCGGCGAAUAUUUUAAUUAUUGUAUUUUUUGUUGUUGUUUAAUUGUAAUUGUUUUUAAUUAAUUUUAUUUUUUUAUUUCUACUUAAUAAAUUUGUUGGAAAAAUUA